GGUUUGCUUCAAAACAUUAUGGCGUCGAGAAGAGUAACAGCUGUGCCGAGUAGUUUUAAAAGUAUCUCCACCGACGUUAAAAGCUCGAAAAGUGGGAGCAAUGCUAAUAAAACCAGUGGCAGUGGAGCUGGGAAGAAAAGCGUUAAAUCAUCUGGCACUAUUGUCAAGUCUCGGUAUAUGCAGGCUGCUGAGAAGUCAUCUCUUUCAAAGAGUAACUCACUGACCAGCGAGUCUAUCGCUGUGCCACCAACGCCUUCCUCACCUAAACCCAGUGGUGUCAAACCAAAGGUGGGCACUCCACCAAGACGCUCAAUGGCCCCACAGGCUCAGCCGGCAUCAAUGAUGUCACGUGAACCUGAGCCGUCACUGCUAGGGAAAAGUUUUCUGCAGUCCACUUUCUCAGAUGGACACUUCUUUCGACCAGAUUUUGAUAUUUCAGUCAUUAAAGAUAAAGCAGUGACUGAAAACGCAGUUGAACCUGACAGAAAUCCAGAGAUUGAGAAAAGGCUCAUUGAGAUGCAGACUUUCCUACUGGCCUACCUCACUGCUAAGAUGGAGAGCAAUACUGCAAAGCUCAAGGCUGAGGCUGAGGCAAGGAUCUUGCAGGAGAUGGAGGAAGAAGAGGCGUUGCAUAAUGAGGUCCAGGAGAAGAAGCGUCAGUACCUACUCAUGCAGAAGGACAGGCUAGUGAAUGAGAUGCUGGAUUUGCAGACUGCUGCGCUGACUCCUGUGGCGGAAGCUGCCAAGCAGUUCACAAAGGACUACAAGUGUUUUGCCACAGCUGUUGACACCACUCGACAUGAGCUGCCUGUGAAGAAUUUCUACAUUGAUGGGGACCGAAGGGAAUUUUUAGAUAAAGCUGAGGUUUGCCUGAAGGAGAGUGAGAAGUUGUUGGAGGAGUGCACGGAUGGGGAUCACAAGGACAACAGCACUUCUUUAGAGUGCCUAAGGGACAUAAAAGCGACAUCAAAGGACAUCAGUAAGCAGCUAUCAGGUGCAUUUACAGAGCUGCUGGAGCUGUCAUCAUUGGUCUGCCGCCAUUCAAUCCAUGUCCAGCAGUCCACAGAGGAAGAACAGCUUGGUACUGCAAGAACCCACGAGCUCUACUGCCCCAAACAGUGAAGGAUUACCACACAGCACGGAAUACACAGGACAUGCACUUGGGAUACCCCUCCACCCCUGGUUUGGAUAUAUUUGUGCCAUUUGUGUCUUGUUUUUAUGUACAAUAUACUGUCUAAUUUCUUUGCAGCUGUAUUAUGAGAUAUUGUAAAUGUUUAAAAUAACUGAUAUUGUUUGAGAUGUAACACUGUUAAUAAAUUGAACAAAAAGCAAUGAAAUUAUAAAUGGACAGUCAACAUGGGCUUUUCAAUGAGAAACAGCAAUGUGCAAGAAGGUGUUUUAGUUUCUUUAGAUAAAAAUACAUAUUAUUAAUACAGCUGCAAGAAAUAUCUAAAUCUGAAUGUAUCUUACUACUGGAAAAACAAAUAUGAGUUGUCAGAGUCUGACGGCAAGUUUAUUUACAAGGAAAACAAAUUAAAAUCAUUUAAUAAUCA